GGCUCGGACAUUCCUUCCCUUUCCGGUGGGCUGGGUCAGCUCUCCCGGUCUGCUCGGUGAUCCCGAAUCCCAGGGACAGGGAGGGGAAGGCGCAGGGCCAUGUUGUUCCCGGGAAGCCGCACAGAGCAGGCAGGCCGCCGGGGCAUGGACUGACUGCCGGGAGGAGAGAGCCGCGCCCUCCGCCCUGUGAGGAUUACAUCCCGGAUUACUCUUCUUCUCGGCUCCGGACAUUUUCUCCUUGUUGUCGCUCGGAUUUGUCGCACAACAUGUCGGCCCGGGUGCGGCUGAAGAAGCUGGAGCAGCUGCUGCUGGACGGGCCGCAGAGGAACGAGGCGGCGCUGAGUGUGGAGACGCUGCUGGACGUGCUGCUCUGCCUGGUGACCGAGUGCGGCGGCUCCACACUGCGCCGGGACAAGUACGUCAGCGAGUUCCUGGAGUGGGCCAAACCUUUCACGCAGCUCCUGAAGGGGAUGCAGCUGCAUCGCGACGACUUCGAAAUCAUAAAGGUUAUUGGACGAGGAGCGUUUGGAGAGGUCGCUGUGGUGCGAAUGAAGAGCACGGAGCGCAUCUACGCCAUGAAGAUCCUGAACAAAUGGGAGAUGCUGAAAAGGGCAGAAACGGCCUGCUUCCGGGAGGAGAGGAACGUGCUGGUCUACGGGGACUGUCAGUGGAUCACCACCUUACAUUACGCCUUCCAGGAUGAAAACUAUCUGUAUUUAGUCAUGGAUUACUAUGUAGGAGGAGACCUUCUAACACUGCUUAGUAAAUUUGAGGACCGCCUCCCCGAAGACAUGGCCAAGUUUUAUCUGGCUGAGAUGGUGCUCGCCCUACAUUCGAUUCAUCAGCUGCAUUAUGUGCACAGGGAUAUCAAACCGGACAACGUCCUUCUGGACAUGAACGGUCAUAUUCGCCUGGCGGACUUUGGGUCGUGCUUAAAGAUGAAUGAUGACGGCACCGUGCAGUCUUCUGUGGCAGUGGGGACCCCGGACUACAUCUCCCCGGAAAUCUUACAAGCUAUGGAGGACGGGAUGGGGAAAUACGGUCCAGAGUGUGACUGGUGGUCUCUGGGGGUCUGCAUGUAUGAAAUGUUAUAUGGGGAAACCCCUUUCUACGCUGAGUCUCUGGUGGAGACCUAUGGAAAGAUCAUGAACCAUGAGGAGAGAUUCCAGUUCCCCUCUCACAUCGCCGACGUGUCGGAAAUCGCCAAGGAUCUCAUCCAGAGGUUGAUCUGCAGCCGGGAGCGCAGGCUCGGCCAGAACGGGAUUGACGACUUCAAGACCCACAAGUUUUUUGAAGGGAUCGACUGGGAAAACAUCCGCAACAUGGAGGCCCCAUACAUUCCGGACGUCAGCAGUCCUUCCGACACGUCCAACUUUGAUGUGGAUGAUGACAUCCUCCGCAAUCCUGAAAUGGUCCCCCCAAGUACACACAGUGGAUUUUCGGGGUUCCACCUACCGUUUGUGGGAUUUACAUACACGACUGACAGCUGCUUUUCUGACCGAGGCUCCUUGAAGGACAUCAUCCACACAAACGCAGUGACCAAAGACGAGGAUGUGCAGCGCGGCCUGGAGAACAGCCUGCAGAUCGACGCCUACGAGCGCAGGAUCCGGAGACUGGAGCAGGAGAAGCUGGAGCUGAACAGGAAGCUGCAGGAAUCCACUCAGGCGGUCCAGUCCCUCCAGGGCUCCAGUCGGUCCGUGGGAACAUUACCCCGGGACAAAGAAAUUCGGAAGCUGAAUGAGGAAAUCGAGCGCUUGAAGAAUAAAAUCUCAGAUUCAAACCGGAUAGAGCGACAACUGGAAGAUGCCGUCGCUCUGCGGCAGCAGCUGGAGGAGGCUGCAAACAAGAUUAAAAGCCUCGAGAAACAGCAGAGGACAGUGAAACAGGAGCGAGAUGAUCUGCAGAAGCAACACUCCGAAGCCCAGGAGAGGCUGAAGGCUCAGAGCAAGGAGCUGAAGGAUGCGCACCAGCAGAGGAAAUUCGCCCUUCAUGAAUUUUCAGAGCUCAAUGAUGAGCUGGCCAACCUCCGCUCCCAGAAACAGAAGCUUUCCCGACAGCUGCGGGACAAGGAGGAAGAACUGGAAGCCAUUAUGCAGAAACUGGACUCCAUGCGUCAGGAAUUGCGCAAGUCUGAGAAGACCAGAAAAGAGCUGGAGGUGCAACUUGAAGACGCCAGUGCCGAAGCCUCAAAGGAGCGCAAAUUGCGGGAACACAGCGACAACUUUUCCAAGCAGCUGGAAGGUGAACUGGAGACUUUGAAGUUGAAGCAGGGCGGCCGCACGUCAGGCGUCACAUUAGAGCACCAGCAGGAGCUGUCCAAAGUGAAAUCUGAGCUGGAGAAGAAGAUCUUGUACUACGAGGAAGAGCUGCUGCGGCGAGAGACCUCCCAUUCCUUAGAAUUGAAGAACAUUAAGAAGGGGAUCCAUGACUCUGAGAGCCAGCAGCUCGCCCUGCAAAAGGAGAUUCUCAUGCUGAAGGAUAAGCUGGAAAAAGCCAAACGGGAGAGGCAAACCGAGAUGGAAGAAGCCGUGGGAACUGUGAAAGAAAAGUAUGAAAGAGAGCGAACCAUUCUCCUGGAAGAGAACAAGAAGCUUUCUACAGAAACUGAGAGGCUCUGUUCCUUUGUGGAUAAACUAACGGCCCAAAAUAGACAAAUGGAGGAUGAGCUGCAGGAUCUGACCACCAAGAAGGAAUCGGUCGCUCACUGGGAGGCUCAGAUUGCGGAGAUCAUCCAGUGGGUGAGCGACGAGAAGGACGCCCGAGGUUAUCUGCAGGCCUUGGCGUCUAAGAUGACGGAAGAACUUGAGACGCUGAGAAGCUCCAGCCUGGGAUCUAGAACGCUGCCUGAAAUGUCAUUCCCGCAAGGCCUGGCCCCGUACAGUGCAGAUAGGCUGGAUCCGCUCUGGAAGGUCCGGCGCAGCCAGAAGUUGGACAUGUCGGCGCGGCUGGAGCUGCAGUCUGCCCUGGACGCCGAGCUCCGCGCCAAACAGGUGGUGCAGGAGGAGCUGAGGAAGGCAAAGGAUGCCAACAUCUCAUUCGAGAAUAAACUAAAAGAGGCAGAGGCUAAAAACGAGGAGCUCCUGGAAGAAAUGCAAAGUUUGAAGAAGAAGCUGGAGGAGAAAAGGAGAGAUGAUGGAGGUCUUAAGCUCCCAGAUUUCCACGAGUCCAUCUUUGAAUACUUCAACACCUCCCCCCUGCCGCAUGACCUGAGGUCCAGUCUGAUCAGCGAGCACGAGAUCUCUACCCCCAAACCAGACGUCUCCCCAUCACUGCUUGCUCCUAGCAGCCAAGACCAGCAGCCAGAGGAGGUUAUAAGGACCCAACCUCGGACGCCCCCCGCGCCGUCCCCAACAUUUACUUCAUUGUCCAGCUCUGCCCCAAAGCCUAAGGCUCAUCCGCUUGCGAUCAAGUCCUUCACGAGCCCCACACAGUGUUCCCACUGCACGUCCCUCAUGGUGGGAUUAGUACGACAAGGCUUCGCCUGCGAAGUGUGUCCCUUUGCUUGUCACGUGUCCUGUAAGGACCUCUCUCCACAAGUGUGUCCGAUUCCAGCUGAACAGUCUAAAAGACCCCUCGGGGUGGACGUGCAGCGCGGUAUCGGGACUGCCUACAAGGGCUACGUCAGGAUCCCAAAGCCAACGGGUGUGAAGAAAGGCUGGCAGAGGGCGUACGCCGUGGUCUGUGACUGUAAGCUCUUUCUGUAUGACGUGCCUGAAGGGAAGUCCACUCAGCCUGGAGUGGUGGCGAGUCAAGUGGUGGAUCUUAGAGAUGAAGAGUUUUCCGUGAGUUCAGUCUUGGCAUCGGAUGUGAUUCACGCCACCCGCAAGGACAUUCCCUGCAUAUUUAGGGUAACAGCCUCCCUUCUAGGUGCCCCUUCCAGGACGACGACUUCUCUGCUCAUCCUUGCAGAAAGCGACACCGAGAAGAGGAAGUGGGUUGGCAUCCUGGAAGGCCUGCAGACCAUUUUACAGAAGAACAACCUAAGGAACAAGGUGGUCCACUGCCCCCAGGAGGCAUAUGACAGCACGCUGCCGCUCAUCAAAACCGUAGUGGCUGCAGCGAUUGUAGAUCGGGACCGGAUCGCUGUGGGGACAGAAGAAGGACUGUACGUCAUCGAGGUCACCAGAGACGUGAUCGUCAGAGCCGCAGACUGCAAGAAGGUUUCUCAGAUUGAAUUGGCUCCGAAGGAGAAGAUUGUCAUCCUCGUCUGUGGCCGAAACCAUCACGUCCACCUGGUGCCCUGGUCCUCUCUGGAUGGCUCAGAGGGCAGCCUCGACAUCAAACUUCCCGAAAGCAAAGGCUGCCAGUGCAUCGCCACCGGAACCCUGAAGAAGUCGCCGGCGUCUUGUUUGUUUGUUGCCGUCAAGCGUCAGAUCUUUUGCUAUGAGCUGCAGAGAACUAAACCAUUUCAUAAGAAGUUCACUGAGCUCUUGGCCCCGGGGAGCGUGCAGUGGAUGGCCGUAUUUAAGGACAAGCUGUGCGUCGGUUAUCAGUCAGGAUUCUCCCUACUGAGCAUCCACGGAGAUGGACCAUUUAUAAACCUUGUCAGCCCUGUUGACCCCUCCCUGGCGUUCUUGUCCCAGCAGCCUGUAGACGCUCUGUGUGCAGUGGACCUUGGUAACGAUGAAUACUUGCUCUGCUUCAGCCAGAUGGGAGUCUAUGUGGACUCGCAGGGACGGAGAUCGCGAUUGCAAGAGCUUAUGUGGCCGGCCACCCCCAUCACCUGCAGUUGUAGUCCUUCCUAUGUGACCGUCUACAGUGAAUAUGGCAUUGAUGUAUUUGAUGUUCACUCUAUGGAUUGGGUGCAGACUAUUGGACUGAGGAGGAUCAAGCCAUUAAAUGUAGAAGGUACUCUCAACCUGUUGAACUCCGAGCCGCCUCGCCUUCUGUAUCUAAAGAGCACCCAUUCAGAAGGGGCUGUCCUCACCGUCCCAGAGACCUCCGAUAAUAGUAAGAAGCAGAUGGUUAGGACCAGGAGUAAGCGGAGAUUCGUGUUUAAAGUCCCAGAAGAAGAGCGAUUGCAACAACGAAGAGAAAUGCUCAGAGAUCCUGAACUGAGGUCGAAGAUGAUCUCAAACCCGACCAAUUUCAACCACGUGGCGCAUAUGGGUCCAGGAGAUGGGAUGCAAGUGCUUAUGGAUCUCCCUCUGAGCGUUAUGCCGUCAGGGCAAGAGGAAAACCCUCCGCAAAAAUCCCGUCCACCCUCCACCAACCUGGCGCGACAGCAGCUAAGAAGCAGGUCCUACAUCUCCUGGCCAUCUUCAGGUACCGGCGAUUCAUCGCGGAGUAUAUCGGAUGCUGAUCAGGACCUGGAAAGAGAGCCAGAUUCAGACUCCACCAAACAUUCCACUCCUUCAAACAGCUCCAACCCGAGCAGCCCUCCGAGCCCCAACUCCCCGCAUAGGAACCAACUGACGCUGGACGGCCUGGAUCAGUCCGCCUGUGACGCUUAGCGCUCCUCGCCGGAGAUGUCAUCGUUCCUAGUGUGUCAGUCCCACACAAUAGUGCCAAGAUGUGUUGCACGGACAUCCCCAUCCCCCAACCCACUUACUGUAGAUACAUCGUAAAGAGAGGAAAAAAAAGAGCAGGGGGGUUUAAUAUAUGUGAUGGAGCUUUUAUAUGCAAGAUGAGUUGACCGUUUCUAAUAUCCGUUCCGCUCAUAGGAUGUUUUUAUUUUGUACAUUUUUUUUUUUUUCUUCUUUUGAUUAUAUCUCCCUUUUGUACGAUGCUGCUAGUUUCUGGGACGCAACAGAGGAAAUUCCGAAAGCUGCUGCCACGAUAAGCAAAUGGUGUCAGCGACGGGAGGUCGAAUAAGGAAAUGUGUGCGAUUUAGGCUACAUGCAUACGACCGUGCCGUUUUUGGGGUCCGC